UUAAAAUAUUAUUAUCUUGGUCGUAUUAAAAUCUUCUCUGAAGUUUCUCUGUUUUUUCAUCUUCAAAAAAAAAAAAAAAAAUACAAAGCGAAGAAGGUCUUCUGAUUUGCUCGUAUGAAUUUUCCGACGAUCCCUCAUGAAUCGAACGUUGUUUCCAUCAACGUCGGAGGCCGAAUCUUUCAAACAACGAAACAAACCUUAACCCUAGCCGGAACCGAUUCUCUUCUAUCUCGGCUCGUCGUCACUGAGUCAACUCGUUUCGUCGAUCGAGAUCCCGAUUUGUUCUCCGUUCUUCUCUAUAUCCUCCGCACCGGAAACUUACCUGCGAGAUCACGCGCCUUCGAUGUUCGAGAUCUGAUCGAUGAAUCUAGAUACUACGGAAUCGAGUCUUUCUUAAUCGAUUCUCUCUCGAAUUCGUCGCAGUUCGAGCCGUUCGAUCUCCGUAGAUCUAGGAUUCUUCAAUUAAACGGUCGAGAUUCUCCGUCGACUAUCUCACCGACGUUAAUCGGCGGAGGUCUCCACGUGGCGCACGGUAGCAAAAUCACUUCGUUUGAUUGGUCGUUGAGGCAAAAAUCGACUGUGUUGACGAAUUUCUCCGCCGUGGAUUCUCUUCUAGAGAUCUCUCCGGGAGUUUUAGCUGCCGGAGCUACCGAUUUCCCAGGUUUGCAAAUCAUUGAUAUCGAAAACGGCGGAUUCGUUCGUACGACUCUGAAUUGGGAAAAAGUAGUUAGGUCUAGUUCAACGGUACAAGCUAUAGGUUCUUCUCCUGAGUUUCUAUUCGCUAGCUUUGAAUCUAGUAGAAGGAACUCGAAUUCGAUUAUGGUGUAUGAUCUAUCUAGCUUGUUACCUGUGUCUGAGAUUGAUCAUUGUGAGAUCUAUGGUGCUAAUAUUGAUUCUGCGAUUCCAUCGACUAAGUUGAGAUGGAUUCAGAGUUGUAAUUUGCUGAUGGUUUCUGGUUCUCAUACUAGUCCUUCUGGUGUCAAUGGUCACAUAAGGUUUUGGGAUGUUAGGUCAAGGAAUAUGGUUUGGGAGAUUAAGGAGACACAAGAUUGUUUCUCUGAUGUUACUGUCUCAGAUAAUCUCUCGGCGGUGUUUAAGGUCGGUGUGACUUCGGGGGAAGUUUCCUAUGCCGAUUUGAGGAGAUUAGGAACUAAGGAUCCAUGGGUUUGUCUUGGGGAAGAGAAGAAGAGAAGCUUGAAUGAGAGAAGAGGAGUUGGGUGUAAGAUAGAGAGCUAUGGGAAUCAUGUGUUUUGCAGUAGUAAAGGAAGUGGGAUAGAGCUUUGGUCUGAAGUGAUCACGGGUUUGCUAGGAAACGCAAGCCGGGAUGUAUCGGAAGAGAGGGUUUUUAGGAAGAAUUCGUUCGGCAAAUUAGCGGAUUCAGGAGAAAACAAGAUAACCGGUUUGGCGUUUGGAGGAAAUAGAAUGUUUGUGACCCGAAAGGAUCAGCAGUCUUUUGAGGUUUGGCAAAGUCCUAGUCGUGGAAUAUCGAUCUAAUGAGCAAGUAGUAAACGUUGGUUCGAGGUGAUCACGAGUUGGGUAAAAUUGAAUCCAACUAAACUAGUUAGCGACUUACAUUGUCUUAUAGAAAAAUGAAUGAAUGAAUCUUUAUCCCAUUACUUGAUGAAGCUGCCCCAACCAUGAAUUUCUUAUUUCUGAUAAUCUUAUAAAAAGGACUUACAUGGGUCGUUACACAGAGGCUGUGUAGGAUAUUUGCAUUCUAGCGACAUGACCUUAUACAGUAACCUGCAGAGAGAAGCAAAUGACCAUGCUUGGGGAAAUGUCAAAUUGCAGAAACACCUUUUGGAUUCAAACGGCCUUUAUCUACCAGAGCUAGUUCUGUAAUCGGAGAGGCCGUUAUUACAGUUGCUGACUUCAACUUCGGGAAAUCUGUUACCAGAAAAUCUUAUGGCUCCACCUGCCAUCAUCAGACCUCCGAACAUAUUGUUGUCGUCUCUCUGCUGUGAAGAAGUUGCAGAAUUCAGUUGUGCUGGAAAAUUAUAACCACCUGCCAUCAGAUUAGGCUGAAAAGCUGCCGAAAAACCAGAAAAGUAACCAUUGUUGUGAAACAUAGAAUUCUCAAAUCCUUGUCCUCCUGUGACUCCUGUCUGAAAUUCAGAAAGAUCAGGAGUCUGAGCUACUGGUUGUCUCAUUUGAAAGUUGGUGUUACUUGCUAAUGGAGUAAUCACUUGGCUUGAAGAAGCAAACAACGAAGGAGGUUCCGGAAAACUCUGCAACAGCGAUGGUGAAGACAUUUUUGGAAACAACGAAGAAGGUACCGGAAAACUCUGCAACGAUGAUGAUGAAGACAGUUGUGACGCAAAGGGUGUCACAAAAUUAUGAUCUUUCUGCAUUUCAGGUCCUGCUCUCUCCACCAUUGAUGAUCUGUUCUUGUUGGUAUUAGCUUCGCUUGUCUUCUUUAGUUUCUUACUCACAUUUGGAGCUUGAAUGGCCAAAACAAUACUUUUCUGGCUCUUCACAGUCUCGUUCUUCGAAUAAUCCAUCUCAGUUUGCGCAACAAGCGCUCCUUGACCCUCCUGCUGUUGCUGAAAGUAGUUUCUGCCUAAACCACCUUGACCGCUCUGAAGAAACCUAUCCAACGGUCUACCAUUACAAUCAAAACCUCCACCGCUUUGUGCAAUCUCUGGACUUUUCUCUUUAGGUGUAUUCAUCUCUUGACCGCUCUCUAGAAACCUAUCCAACGGUCCAGCAGUACAAUCAAGAUCUCGACCGUUGUGAGCAAUCUCUGAACUUUUCUCUUCAGCAACCCCUCUCUUCUUCAGAGGUGGACGAGACGCAACAUUUUCAUCGGGUGCUCCACACAGUUCAGUCUUCAUCCAAUCCAUUAAACGCUCUCUAGAAGCCGUAAGAUCAUCAAGCAACGUCUCCAUAAACAUUCCAACACCGUCCAUCCCCAUUACCGUUUUUUCCUCUUUCUUCUUAUUGUCCUCUACACAAACAGUUUUCGGUUUCCUUCUCCUUACUUGCUUAACUUUCUCAGGCUUAAUCUCAUCUUUCUUGCUCCUCCUCUUCCGUGUUUUUGCAGGUUGUUCUCUAGUCACAGUUUUUGUUCCCGUAUCCAUCUGUUUCGGCUCAAGAUUUGGGUUAUGAAUGAUAGGAUCCUGGGUCGAGUUUGAAUCUGGAUCAUCGCUUGAAGAAUCUUCAAAGUCGUUCUCUUUCCUUCUGAAAUCCCAUUUCUCACUGAAUCUUGGCUCAUCUCCCAUUCUUAAAAAGAUUCACUUUUUUUUUUUUCACUCUGUUCUUACAGAUUGCAGCUUUCUUUCAAAGAUUUUUCAGACAGCUGCAAUAAAACACAACAGGGAUAAUUAUAAACAACACAAGUCUGUUGUGAUGGACCGAAAUAGAUUACGGAUCAUAUUUAUUAA